CCAGGCCAUCCCACGCCUCAAGCCCCGCUGAUCCGUUGUUUACCUAGCCCUGGGCCCUUCACCCCCUGCAAGGACCUCUUCGACUGGUGGACGCUGCGCUUCGCCGUCUGGCUCGUCUUCCCACUGGCCCUGCUCGGCAACGGCACCGUUCUCCUCGUUCUCAUCUGCCGCCGGCGAAAGAUGGACGUCCCCCGCUUCCUCGUCUGCAACCUCGCCGCCGCCGACCUGCUGAUGGGCGUCUACCUGGGCGCGCUGGCCCUCGUCGACGCCAGCACGCUGGGCGCCUUCCGCGCCCACGCCCUCCGCUGGCAGCACAGCCUCGCCUGCCAGCUGACCGGCUUCACCGGCGUCCUCAGCACCGAGCUGUCGGUCUUCACGCUGGCGGUCAUUACCCUUGAGCGCAACUACGCCAUCACCCACGCGAUGCACCUCAACAAACGGCUCUCGCUGCGGGCCGCCAGCAGCAUCAUGGCCGCCGGAUGGGCCCUAGCCCUAGCCCUAGCCCUCCUCCCGCUGUUCGGCAUCUCCGACUACCGAAAGUUCGCCGUCUGCCUCCCGCUCGAAGCGGAAGACAGCCCCUGGUCGCUGCUGUACGUCGUCGCCCUGCUGGCCAUCAACGGCCUCAGCUUCCUCCUCCUCCUCGGCUGCUACCUGCGAAUGUACUGCGCCAUCAGGGGGUCCCAGGCGUGGAACAGCAAUGACACGCGCAUUGCCAUGCGAAUGGGCCUCCUCGUGGCGACUGACUUUGCCUGCUACGCUCCGAUUGCCUUCUUCAGCGCCACCGCCCUCCUCGGCUAUCGGCUGAUCAGCCUGGAGGAGGCGAAGGUCUUCACCGUCUUUGUCCUGCCCCUUAAUGCCUGCAUGGACCCCUUCCUCUACGCCGUCUUCAGUCGGCAGUUCAAGAAGGAGUGUGGGACGCUGUACCGCCGCGUGGAGGCCUUCACCUCGCCGGUCACCGGCCGCUGCAAGUGCUUCACCAGUGGAAGUGUGAGCAACUACCGCAAGAAUCACGUGCACAUGAUGCUGGAGAAUGAGGUGGUGGGCACGGCUGCCUCGGCUGCUUCGGCAAUGCAACAGCAGCAGCAGCAGCACCCAAAGCUGGCCCGCUACUCGAGCGACAUUCUCGACACGCGAAAAGCCAAGCGAAUCAAACAGCAGCAGCAGCAGCAGCAAACGACAGCUCGGAAGAUAAGCACCCCGUCAGGGCUGAAUGUCUGCAUCAGUCAAACAACAGCCGAAAGCGAUCGUCAUUUAUCGGCGGCGGCGGCGGCGGCCGCGGCGACGACGACCAAGUGCGAAAUAGAAGGCGGCAGUAAAAGCAGCGACAACGGUAAUGGGCAAAGCAAUGGCGGCAAUAACAACAACAACAACAACGAGGGCGCCCCGUCUUUAAAGCUUCACGGGAGCCAUAAAGCAGCGGCGGUCUCGCAUCCUUUGGAUAAGGCAGCGCCGACUGCAGCCUCCGGUGGGCCAUUGGCCUCUUCUUCUUUGGCAUCAUCAUCAGCAGCAGCAAAGCAGGAAACGGCACACAGUAAAGUAAACAACAGCAAUAGCAUCAGUGAAGACUCCUCGACCUCGGCCGGGAAAAUGGCGGCGGCCUCAAAUCGGCAAUCGACAAAUGAAGAGUUUAGCUGUGGUGAAUUAGAGGAGGCGUCUAGCAGCGGUGAUUACCACUUGGAUGCUAACCAGAGCAGCAGCGGCAGUGGCAGCGGCAGCUACAUCAAAAACAAUGCCAGCAGCAAUAAUAAUAACAACAACAACAACAACAGCAAGGGCAGAACAAAGACCAUUUACCAUCAACGAGUGACGGCCACGCCGUCAAACACCAGCGCCAUGGCAAGCGGCAUUCUGGCGCUGAAGAAUAAGCUCAUCAGUCGGAGUAGCAGUACGAAGAACUACACUAGAAAG